AUGCGCAGCCGAGGGGAUGCGCGCAGCUCGCGGGCCCUGCCAGUGAGCUGGCGCCCGGCGACCUGGCACCCGCGCCUGGAUAUGGGGCGUCUAAGUCGUUCCAGGAGCAGCACCAGCCACAGAAACCUACUGCAUCUGCUUCUGUUUUUCCUCUUCGUGGGACCCUUCAACUGCCUGGCGAGUUACAGCCGGGCCACGGAGCUUCUGUACAGCCUGAACGAGGGACUGCCGGCGGGGGUGCUCAUCGGCAGCCUGGCCGAGGACCUGCGGCUGGUGCACGGAGCAGGGAGGCAGGACCCGCAGUCGCAGCCCCCGGAGCACAGCGGCGCGGAGCGGAACCCUCUUCUCUCCUUCAGCCUGGCCUCCCAGGGACUGAGUGACCAGUACGUGACCCUAGACAACCGCUCCGGGGAGCUGCACACUUCUGCCCAGGAGAUCGACAGGGAGGCCCUGUGUCUUGAAGGAGGUGGAGGGGCUGCCUGGGGGGGUAGCAUUUCCAUCUCCUCUUCGCCUUCCGUUGACUCUUGUCUUUUGCUUCUGGAUGUACUGGUCCUGCCUCAGGAAUACUUUAGGUUUGUGAAGGUGAAAAUCGCUAUCCGGGACAUCAAUGACAAUGCCCCACAGUUCCCUGUUUCCGAAAUAUCGGUAUGGGUCCCAGAAAAUACACCUGUAAGCACCCGGCUGGCCAUAGAGCAUCCUGCCAUGGACCGAGAUAUAGGCACUAACGGAGUUCAGACCUACCGCUUGCUGGACUACCAUCGUAUGUUCACCUUGGACGUGGAGGAGAAUGAGAAUGGGGAGCGAACCCCCUACCUAAUUGUCAUGGGGCUGUUGGACAGGGAGACCCAGGACCAGUAUGUGAGCAUCAUCAUAGCUGAGGAUGGUGGGUCUCCACCACUGUUGGGCAGUGCCACCCUCACCAUUGGCAUAAGUGACAUUAAUGACAAUUGCCCUCUCUUCACAGACUCACAAGUCAAUGUCACUGUGUAUGGGAAUGCUACAGUGGGCACACCGAUUGCAGCUGUCCAGGCUGUGGACAUAGACUUGGGAAACAAUGCUCAGAUCACCUACUCUUACAGCCAGAAAGUUCCACAAGCAUCCAAGGAUUUAUUCCAUCUGGAUGAAAAUACUGGAGUCAUUAAACUUUUCAGUAAGAUUGGGGGAAGUGUUCUGCAAACGCACAAGCUCACCAUUCUUGCUAAUGGGCCGGGCUGCAUCCCUGCUGUGAUAACUGCCCUGGUGACCAUUAUCAAAGUCAUUUUCAGACCACCUGAAAUUGUCCCUCGUUAUAUAGCGAAUGAGAUAGAUGGUAUUGUUUACCUGAAAGAACUGGAACCUGUUAACACUCCAAUUGCCUUUUUCACCAUAAGAGAUCCAGAAGGUAAAUACAAGGUGAACUGCUACUUGGAUGGUGAAGGACCAUUUAGGUUAUCACCCUACAAACCAUACAGUAAUGAAUAUCUGCUAGAAACCACAAAACCUAUGGAUUAUGAGCUACAGCAGUUCUAUGAAAUAGCUGUGGUAGCCUGGAACUCUGAGGGAUUUCAUGUCAAAAAAAUGAUUAAAGUGCAACUUUUAGAUGACAAUGAUAAUGCUCCUAUUUUCCUUCAACCCUUGGUGGAAGUAACCAUUGAAGAAAACAACUCACCCAAUGCCUUUUUGACUAAGCUAGAUGCUACAGAUGCUGACAGUGGAGAGAGGGGACAAGUUUCAUAUUUUCUGGGACCUGAUGCUCCAUCACACUUUUCCUUAGAUAGUGUCACAGGGGUUCUGACAGUUUCUACUCAGCUGGAUCGAGAAGAGAAAGAAAAGUACAAGUACACAGUCAGAGCUGUUGACUCUGGGAAGCCACCCAAAGAAUCAGUAGCCACCGUGGCUAUCACAGUGUUGGAUAAAAAUGACAACAGUCCUAGGUUCAUCAACAAGGACUUCAGCUUCUUUGUGCCAGAAAACUUUCCAGGAUAUGGUGAAAUUGGAAUAAUUAGUGUAACAGAUGCUGAUGCUGGGCAAAAUGGAUGGGUUGCCCUCUCCGUGGUGAACCAGAGUGAUAUUUUUGUCAUAGACACAGGAAAGGGCAUGCUGAGAGCCAAAGUCUCUUUGGACAGAGAGCAGCAAAGCUCCUAUACUUUGUGGGUUGAAGCUGUUGAUGGAGGUGAGCCUCCCCUCUCCUCUACCACAAAAAUCACAAUUCUCCUUCUAGAUAUCAACGACAACCCACCUCUUGUUUUAUUUCCUCAAUCUAACAUGUCUUACCUGUUAGUAUUACCUUCUACUCUCCCUGGCUCCCCAGUUACAGAGGUCUAUGCAGUUGACAAAGACACAGGCAUGAAUGCUGUCAUAGCUUACAGCAUCAUAGGGAGAAGAGGUCCUAGGCCUGAGUCAUUUAGGAUUGACUCUAAAACUGGCAACAUUACUUUGGAGGAGGCAUUGCUGCAGACAGAUUAUGGGCUCCAUCGUUUACUGGUGAAAGUGAGUGAUCAUGGUUAUCCCGAACCUCUCCAUUCCACGGUCAUGGUGAACCUAUUUGUCAAUGACACUGUCAGUAAUGAAAGCUACAUUGAGAGUCUUUUAAGAAAGGAACCAGAAAUUAACAUAGAGGAGAAAGAACCACAGUUCUCAAUAGAACCGACUCAUAGGAAAGUUGAGCCUGUGUCUUGUAUGCCCACCUUAGUAGCGCUGUCUGUAAUAAGCUUGGGUUCUAUCACUCUCGUAACAGGGAUGGGCAUAUACAUCUGUCUGAGAGGGAAAAGGCAUCACAGGGAGGAUGAAAAUUUGGAAGUACAAAUUCCAUUAAAAGGAAAAAUUGACUUGCAUAUGAGAGAGAGGAAACCAAUGGAUAUUUCUAAUAUUUGA